AUGUCGGGCUUCCAGAUCCCCGGCCUGGGGUUCGCGAAACCCAACGAGACCCUGCCGCCUCUGCCCCCGACCUUCGAGGGCAUCGACACCAGCAACGGCGCCCCGCACCAGAAGCAGGAGCAAAAGCAGGAACAGAAUGAGGACACGACAAUGGGAGAGAAUGCCGCCGCCGAAACCCAGCCCGCCCCUGCGCCUGAAGCACAGUCGGCCGCUGCGCCGGAGCAGGCCAAGUCCAACGAGCCCGAGGCCAUGAACGUCGACGAUGUCACCGAGCACCCCUCCCUGACCGAUGCCCUCGAGGCCAUGAUCAGCGGACUCGACCCUACACCACCAGUUCAGAUUCCCGCUGCGGCUCAGGAGGCCACCGCUGCGGCCCAAGACACCUCAGCACCCCAGGCAGUCGAAGGCACCGCCGCCGCAGAACAACCCCCGCCGAAGGCGAACACCCCGAACGAGGAGUCCGAGGCCGGCGGCUACCAGCUGCUCGGCGUGGAGGAGACGGCGCGCAUGCUGAUGGAGAUGGAGGGCGGCUCAGACGACGAGGGCGGCAACGAUGCGGGCAAGGCCGGGGCCUCGGGACACCUGCGGACGAAGAACGAGAUGGCCGUCGAGACCAUCCCCAAGCCCGACGUCACGCUCACCGCGGACGACAAGAUUGAGGAGCUCGGCCUCGUCGACCAGAUCGUCGAGAACAUCAUGGUCGUCAAGGCCUUCACGUCCGGCGAGUACCAGGUCCUCGACACGGGGUCCGUGCUCUGCACCGAGGACCGCAAGGUGUUUGGUGUCGUGUGGGAGACGAUCGGCAAGGUGCUGCAGCCCAUGUACACCGUCAUGCUCUCGACCGCCGAGGAGAUCAAGGAGGCCGGCCUGGCUGUCGGGACCAAGGUGUACUACCCGCCCGCGCACGCAAACUUUGUAUUCACGCAGCCGCUCAAGAGCCUCAAGGGCUCCGAUGCGAGUAACAUCCACGACGAGGAGGUUGCGGAGGACGAGAUGGAGUUCUCGGACGACGAGAAGGAGGCGGAGCACAAGAGACAGAUCAAGCAGAAGAAGAAGGAGGCGAGGUUCGGCAAGGGCGGCGGCGAGGGCCGGGGACGGGGCGGUCGCGAGCCGCACCCGCUGCGCAAUGAGGUCAGCGCGCCGCCGGUGGAAGGCGGCCUCAACUACGACGACGAGGACGAUGGCCCGUACAAGCCGCUUGCGAGGCCCCCUGGUUUCGGCCAGGUCCCGCCGACGCAGCAGAACUUCACCACGGAGCCCGAGCCCGAGGCGGACGAGGCGACUUCAGGGGACGGGGCGACAGAGGCAGAGGAGGUCGCGGCCGCGGACGUGCCGGCCACGGAGGCAGAGGGGACCACAGAGACGGAUACUCGGCGCCGCCGCACCAGAGGCAUCACUCUUCACAACAAGAGGGCAGCCAACAGCAGCCUCAAGGACAAUGGGGCGGCAACAGCGGCUACCAGGCUCCUCCCCCCCGCAGAGCUACAACCCCAGCAGACGGCACCGGCGCCGACGGCACCGGCGUUCAACUUCCCUUUCCCUGGCCUGCCCGCGCAGCCGGGACAGCAGGGCUUUCCCGCAGUGCCGCCGCCGCCGCCUGGCUGGCCGGCGCAGGGUGGACAGACGGCGCAGAACCCGCAGGGGGCCUACAUCAACCCGGCCUUCUUUGCGGCUUUGCUGGGUCAGAUGCAGCAGAAUCAGGGACAACAAGGCGGACAGCAGCAGCAGCAGCAGCAGCAGCAGCAAGGGCAACAGCCGCCUCAGCAGCCUCCUCAGCCACCGCAUCAAUGGGGCGCUCAGCCGCCUCCACGGUAA